GAGAGAGAGACAGAAAGAGAUAGAGAGAGACAGAGAGAGAGAGAGAGAAGAGAGAGACAGUGAAAGACAGACAGAGAGAGACAAAGAGAGAAACAGAGACAGAGAGAGAGAGAGAAAGAG